AUGAGAGAGGCUGUGAAAAGAGAAGAGUUGCUGACGGAGAUUAAAACCCUUCCAAUAAGCCAGAUAAAAAAGAACAAAAGCGCUCUAAUUGGCAGGAUUAUUCAAGGAAAAUUUAAUGAGCUAGAACAGAUUGAGCUAAGGAGGGAGUUGCAGAAGAGAUUCAUAAACGACUUAGAGAGAAAGGACAAGCAGGAGUCAGAAAUGGAAAAGGCAGAAAGCGAAAUAAAGAAACAAUGCGACGUGUCCGUGCAGGCCUCAAAGAAAUUAGCAGAAUCAGAUGGGAAGCUAAGUAAAAUUAAGAGGAGUCAAGAAAGAAUUUCAGAAGAAAUGAAAAAGGCAGAGAGCACACUGCAAAAGAAGAAAUCCAAGGAAAUGAGAGAAGAAUUUCUCUUUAUAGGGGCGUUUGGAGUGUUUUUCAGUAUUUGUUCAUACAUUCUCAUAGACAAGUUUGUGUUACAAAGAAUCUGA